AUGGACUCCUUUAUUCUCCUAUUCACACUGCUUUAUCUAAAAGCAGAUUUCAGUGACGGUGUUCUGAUCACUCAGUGGCCGAAGUACAUAUCCAGUCUCCCAGACUCUUUAGUUGAAAUGCACUGUUACCAGAAUGAUACUGACUAUGAUUACAAAUACUGGUACAGACAAAAAAAAGGUGAAGGACUAGUGCUUAUUGGGAACUACAAUUUUAACUCUCCCACCUAUGAGAAGGGUUUUGAGACCGGGUUCACAAUGUCAGGUACAGAGACAAAGAAAUGGACCCUGAAAGUUGAUGUUAAGGAGGGGAUUGAUGCAGUGUAUCUGUGUGCUGCUAGUCAGACAUCAGCUCACAUCGUGCUUCAGUCAACACGUUUCGUAUCAGCGCUACCAGGAGAUAAAUGCAAAUUCAUCAUCCUAAUUUUCCGCUUUCCUUCUCAAGCUGCAAACGUCACUCUACCUAAAGUCAAGAUCCUACCACCGUCUCCAAAAGAGAUCUGUUCCCAGGACAAGUCAAAUGAUAAAGGUUUAACUUUAGUGUGUGUGGCCUCAGGCUUUUAUCCCGAUCAUGUGAGUGUGUUUUGGAAAGUGAAUGGCGUAGAGAGACAGGACAGUGUAUCAACUGACACCUCAGCCCAACAGGACAAGACAACAUUAAUGUACCAUAUCAGCAGCAGAAUAAAAGUCAAUGAAACUGACUGGAUGGAUCCCAAGAGUAGCUUCACCUGUACCAUCAAAUUCUUCAACGGAAAGGAAUAUGUCAAUGUCACGAACACCAUAACCGGUCAAAAAGUGAAGCCAAAAGGAUUGAAACUGCUUGGCUUUGGCUACAUCCUAUUCCUCAGCAAAAGCCUGCUGUAUGCGCUGGCUGUGGCUGGUAUGGUGUGCAAACUAAAGCGAAUUAAGAAGAAACAAUUACCAGAAGACUGAGAUACGUUGAAAAUUUGUCACAGGCCAGAAGUGACUUUCUUUAUUAUUUACAAGCUGUGUAAAAUAUCUGUGUAUUGCCAGUUUCCUAGAUUCAUGUGUC